GAGGCCAUUGGAGGUGCUUCCCGGCUUGCUGGUCCAAUCCUUCCAAAGCCACGGAGGGCAGCUCAGGAGGGGGGAAUACUGUCCUGUGGAGGUACAAAGGGAGCGUUGUGAGGAACCAAGUUGCACAAGGCUAAUUGGAGGCCAGGUGAAGCCCAGCCCUGCUUGGCUGCCGGAGGAGGCAGAAGAACCAGUCGGAGCUGCACCGCAACCUGAGCUGGUAAAACCAACCAUCUGGGGAUCUGCUGACCUCUUUAUCUCGAUCUCUCGCCCCACCUCCCAAGAAUUUCGUCAGGGUUUCCAAACAAAACAACAACAAAAGACCCAUGCCCCUAGCCCUCAAGAUGCAAACAGAUGUGAAUCUGAAUGGAGUAAAAAGGAAGGAAGAGAAAGCUGGCCAGCCAUGGAGGGCGCCGGGGAAGCACUGAGCCCGCUCUGCCGGACAUACAUCUAUGCCAUCCACGGCUACUUCUGCGAGAUCCUUUUUGUGGUCCUCAUCCUGGACCAGGACUGGGUCUUCCAGGGGCCCCUCAGCGCCUGCUCCCUCCUGGUCUACGGCACCUGCGGGAUGGCCAUGGAGGGCAUCUACCUGCAGCUGCGGGGGGACUGCUGCCUGCUGACCCGCUGUACCCUCUACACCGGCUGCAUCUACCUCUGGCAGCUGGGCACCGGCUACCUGCUGCGCUGCCUUGGCGCCUGUCCCUGGGACCACAGCCACUUCCACUACAACUUCCUGGGGCUCAUCGCCCUGGAGCAUUGCUUGCUGUGGUUCGUGGGCGCCCUCCUGCUCGAGAGGCUGGUCAUCGCCCCCACCCUGCGCCUCCGCCUGGGACCCCUCUGGAAACCCAAGCAGCGCCCGCUCCCCAAGUUCGAGCUGUCCCACGACUGACCGCGGCUGCACCGGGCAGAGAAGCCAGGGAGCGCCUGGCACUGCCCUUCCUUGUGUGCCGCCUGCUCCUGCCAGCCCCAUGGAAUGGGCCUCUUUCUCGGGCCGGAUAAGGCCGCUGGACGCGUCUGCCGGGUUGGGCAGGGGCUGCUGCUGGACCUGGGGAGAGAGAGCCGAGUUCGAAUCCUCCCAGAGCCAGGAAGCGGAGUCGGGGCUGGCUCUGACCUACCUCAACAGGUUGUUGUGGAGACUGGCUGGACGAUGCCCUUGCAGCUCCCUGGAGAGAAGGCCGAGAGCUGACCGCCAAUGGCUACGAAUGGCGACUGUGGUUGGGGUCGGUUUGGUGAC